UACCUCGGUCAAAAAGAGCAAGAGGACGCGAGACAGGCAAUCGGAUAGAGAAGAAUAGAUAGUGUUGAGGACAGGUUAGAAAGAGAAGCAGAGAGAGGGAAAAAGAGAGAGAGCGCGAGAGAUCCGAUUCUCCCGAGUCAAGUAUGGUUGUGCGAAGCGUAGAGAGGAAACGAGGAUGAACGAAACCGAAUGAAGCGAGUAGAAGAGUAUUUCGACGAGCAAGACGUCGUCUCGAGUCCUAGACAAGUUGUGUGCGUUUUCUCCUGCGAAAUCGAGCCCCAAGCAGUCGAAGAAUCAAGGACUCGAGUUUGUUAACACGUAUGUUUCGAUCCCAGUCCGGGUGUUUUCUCGGAGGAAGAUAUUUACGCGUAUCUUGGACUGCCUCGACUUUGUAGUCUCCACGAUAACACAGUUUGGAGAUGCUAAUCACAUUUAGUAAGUGACUUCAAAGAAUGUUAUCGCAAGAUUUUACUUUCGGAGACAUUGGAAUUCCUGACUGCGGAAGGUGGUACCACUCUUUCUUGUAUAUACAGGUCAGUUGUAACCAAAACAUAAUGUCCAGUUUUACGUCGAGACAUGAGUGAUCCAAGGAUUUUUUGCAACAACGUUUCUACGAAUCUGAUACCGCCGCGCCUUUGGGCAGGGCUUGUGGAAAUCGAAACCAUUCAUGCGAGAUUAAUAAGAGCGGAGACUCAAAGAGAGGGGGACACGAGUUAUGGAAUAUGGAAACAUUGGAGAGGUUAACCUCGUAGUUACCAAGAAACUUUCAUAAGCUACUUUGGAAUGGCUCUAGUUAUUUGGGUAUCAUCGAGGAAGAUGUGAGCGUCGACGAGACAUGCGGACCUUGUGGUGGAUCUGCUGGCUCCUCUGGGAGAGUCUUCCAGCUCUCACCGCCUAUCCCAUUUCUGGACCCCUUCUUACAGAUUCCAAUAAUGGUUCUUCUUGGCCCUGGCACUGGGAGCAUUACUGGCUUCGUUUCACAGUAGGCUUGCUCGGAGUUACGGCGACAGCGCUUACCCUGGUUGGGUGUCUGUGCUGUAAAAGAAACCGACGACCCAAAGGCUUUGAGGACCAAGGGGAAAAGGGAGAGCAGGAGUUUAAGGACGGCAGUUCCACAGUGCAGGAUCUGACUUUUGAGAAUGCUCUCCGAGGUCUGGAACUGGAGGUGCCAAGGCUCCGGGCUCCGAACGACCCAGUGCACUUUGAGCCCCUGCCGGUGGACGAGCUGGUGGCAGCAUCCAAGGCAGUUGCCAAGCCGAAGCCCCCUUCAAACUCGCCCUUCGGAGAGGAUCGGAACCAGGAUGAUACCAGCAGUGUAUACGAUCCAUGCCGCGAGUGGUUCGAUGCGUCUCACCUCCACGUGCCGAGAGAGCGGCUCAAGUAUCUCAGAGAGAUCGGAAGAGGAUGGUUCGGCAGGGUGGUGGAGGGUAGAGCCGACCUGGAGGAGGGUUCAAAGAUCACCGGAAACGGCGGCGUGGUCGUGAGGAUACUCGGAGAAGACGCCUCGACGAAGGAGAAAUCUUGGUUCCUGGGCGAGGCCACGUCGUAUCUGAGACUCCGCCAUGGCAACCUGCUGACCCUGGUCGGCGCCUGCGUCGAGACGGACCCUUACCUCCUCCUGUUCGAGUCGUGUCCCCUGGGAGAUCUGAAAGGUUUUCUGCGGUCGAACCGGGACCCGAGAUCGCGAGAGGCUCUCUUAGUCGAAGACGUUCCUCGAAGGAUGGCCCUGGGUAUCGCUGCCGGCUUACAACACAUGCAUGACCACGGGUUUUCGCACACCGACCUCUCGGCGAGGAACUGUUUGGUCUCCUCCGAUCUCUCCGCCAAGCUCGGCGACUACGGCACCGGGGUGGAGAAGUAUCCCUUGGAUUACUACGUGGUCGGUGACCGGGCGCUGCCGAUUCGAUGGAGCGCCCCGGAGAGUCUGGAGUGCACGGAGACGACGAUCGAGACGCGGGAGAUCACUCCUAGAGCGAACCUCUGGAGUUUUGCCGUACUCCUGUGGGAGCUGUCCAGCUGGGGUGAGCGACCUUACGAUGCUCUAGGCGACGAGCGAGUCAUCGAAGAGCUACUGUCUUUGAAAUGUGGAUCAACGGGAGGCGAGCCGCCAUCUUUAGGCGCGGCUACGGAGGAGCCGCAGCCUGCCGAGUUCGCCGAGGCGAUCGUUCUCUGUCGACACCUGGACCCCGAUUGCCGUCGAGGGCUGGACGAGGUGCGGGCAGUCCUGGGGAGCCGAAGGUCGGUCGACCCUGAAGACUUUGAGCGUCGCUGGGAGGUCCUGCGACCCAACGCAAGCUCCUAUUUCUCCUCGGGAGUCGAGCGGGCCCGGAGCGCGAGUCUUCAGGAUCUGCGUGUGGUCCUGGAUGAGGCCGAGAUCCUGCCAAGGGCAUCCUUCCGCCUAGGCCCUGAAGAGCCCGUGAGGAACGUUCCCGGAAGCGGUGUACCAGCUCCAGCCACUGAGUCAGGUUCCGAGACCGAGGAGGAGAGCUGGCGCGGUCGGGUUGAACGCGGCGCCUACACCGAGAAGGUUGAGCAGAAGUCUAAGUCCGUCACCGACCUGAUGGUCCUAGUGCACAUCGAUUCCGACUCCGACGCGGAUCGCUCCUUGAAUCCCCCGGGUACCGAAAGACCUCCACCUAGGAGAAAGGCCCCUUCCAGUGGGAGUGACGGAGACCUGAGGGGCACGGUACUUGCCGACGAGUUCGACGCCGCCCUGCGACGCUUAAGAGAUCCUCUACCCGGAUCCAGGGCUCGCGAGUCCCCUGAAGAGACCCCAGGAGCCGCUGAAGUGUUCGGUACUUUAUUAGCGAGUCAAGAAUGCACGCCCAUCCUGAGGCUCUCCUUGGAACCGAGUCGGAAAGAACCUGACCUGGGUGUUCCUCGUGGAGAGGGUCACGUUCUAAGGCUCCUGGAUAGCGGGGACCCUGGGCCACUUCUUCGCUACGCUCCAGAAUCCUCCGCUCCGGGAGAUCACGCGGGAGAAAAGAGGGCACCUCUCCCCGAAGAGGAUGUCGACGAGGCGACGGCCUCUACCCCCGAUACUCCACGCUCUAGAAGAAAUGUCGACGACGACGAGCCUUCCAACGCGGAAGACCUCGAGCUGGAGGGGAAGAAGCCUUCCACGGAUUGUGAAGAGGAGGAAGAAGAGGACCGCAAGCACCCGUCCACUCCAGACGACGAGCGGAGUUCGGACUCCGGGUUCCGGGACAAGGAGUCCUGCGAAGAGGAGGAGAAUCCUCCGGUCAAGGAGUCGGUCUGCACUGAGGAAGAGCAGCUGAGGAUCCUCUUUGAGCUGGACACCAUCCUCGACGCGGAGUACCGAGCUACUCCCAGCGAAUUAGGCAGAGCCCUGGACGAGUCCUCCUCCCCGGAAGGGUUAGACGAGAGGAUCGAAAGCGGCACAGGUAAUGGAAAUUCCGAACAUGCAAUCGAGAAAGACGGAGUCAAAGUACUCGAAGAGACGAGUCCUGACCACGUGAACGACGUCUUCGAGGAGAAGGAUCCCCCAAGACCAAAAGACGCGUCUUUGGCGAACGGCGCGCAAGAGGAUCCCAGUUUCCAGGACCUUGGAGAGUACCCCUUUCCGAUGCGAGGAGACGAAGAGGAGGACGAAGACGAGGACGAGGAGGAGGACAGCUCCACAGUGAGUCCUCGCAGCGACAACUCCUGCGUCUCCCUCGGGACGGAGGAGGACUUCGUUGCUGCCAUCCGGAACGAGCUGAGGGAAAAGCUACCCCGAGCUCAGAUGUCGGUCGUGGAGGCCCAGGAACCGCGUCGCGAGGACGAGGAGCCGGUCAUCUCAAGCCUCUCGGACACCAGGAGGUGGGAGGAAGACGAGGAGGGCGAGGACGCCUCCGCCAUCGACAUCGCCAUAGAGUACAACGCUUAUGGGACGCCACUCAGCCCGAUCCUGGAGGAGCGCGAGUCGGCGGUGAACUCGGAGUCCUUGAUCUCGAAAGAAGACUCCAGAGACGUCUCUGUGGCCUCCGUGACAUCGGCCCCCACGGAGGACCUGCUCCUGGUGGACACUAGGACUAACGGGGCCGUGCUCGUCGAGGGCAGAGGGGAAUCUCACGGGGACAGGGACACCUCUGACGAAGAGAACCUUGACUCCGGGUCGAACGACCUCAUUUCGCCCAGGAGAUUUCAGGGAACCGAGGAACCGCUUCGCAGAGGAGGUGGUGCUCCUCUUCCAAGCCCCGAGGAUGAGCUCAAGUGGCAGCAGGUGACCUCGUCCUUCCCUCUGCCAGCUCCUUUGCCAACUCCGAUGCCGACAUCUCUCCCGGCACCCUUGCCCAUGCAGGAGGACCUCGUCUCUACCAGUUUCAGCAGCGAGCAGGACUGGGAUAGUCAGGACGAGGAGGAAGACGAAGACGAGGAAGAAGAGGACGACGACGAUGAGGAGAAUAGCUCCAGUUCCGGGGAGUUUGUCUGGAAGAGGUACGACGAAGCCGACCUGGAGACGAGGAUGCUUCCAGGGAACUUCACAGGAACGACCGGGAGUCCUGGGAUCCUGGAGGGAAAGGAACACGUGGAGGCGCGGAAUGAGGAGGAAGAGGAGGGCAGGGAAGGCGAACAGGAAGAUGACGAGGAAGAGGAGGAGGAGUUUACGCCGUCGACCUGGGACGCUACCCUGGCGCCUCAUAGAUCAGCUCUCAGAUCUCCGGACAAGACUCAAAAGUCCGGGGACCAGAAGAAGAGCGUAUGGUUCAAGAAGCAGCUCUAUCACUGCGUUUACGAGUACCCGAAGGAGUCCUUGGCUACGGAGAACCCGGUCCAGUCCACCACGGCGUGGGAGCCGACGUCCUACGCUGACUGGGAGGUGAUGAUGGACGAGCCGAAGCUGGACCUGUAUCCGCUGGACUAUGACGACACCGACCACAGUGGAGAUGCGGAGUUCUACGUUAGCAGCUCGAGUCGUCCGUUCCAGUUCCAGAGCGGGGAUGAAAAGUACGUUAGUCAGUUCUUCCCAGGAGCUGGGGGUGCGAAACCUGACUGGCCCCAGCAAGGAGACGCCAAGGUGGAGGACAUGGAGGCGAAGCAACGGGAGGAGAAGGAGCAACGGCAACACCAGCGACAGCUGGGAGAGCUUCGACAUACCAGGGACCGCUUGAAGCUGAAUUUAUCCUCGGUGAACGGAAAUUCCAGCGGGAUUAGCAACGCCACGAAACAGGCAGAGGAGAGCAAAGAGAUCGACCUGGAUCCCGUGAUCGAGAAGGGAACGAAGGAGGCGUCAAUGCCUUCGUCGGAAAAGGAAAUCCCAGGGUCCGUCGAGUCUUCGUCGAAGGAGGAGUCCACCUCGGAGGAGGGAGUCCUCAGGGUGGCGGAAAGCUCGCCGGAGAAGAUCCUGAGGGAUUCGGAGCCUUCCCUGGAGAAAAUAGAAGAGAUUCCUAAAUUAUCGACCGUAACGAGAGUUCCGGAAGACUCUGGUAUCUCGAAGGACGACCUGGUGAAGAACGCCUCUCCGGAAGCCUCGAACAAGACCCAGGAUGUGCCCAAGUCUGCACCUGGGAAGAGGUCCUUGAAGAACUGCGAGUCGGUUGACAACCGACUGCAGUCCCUGGACCCUGAAGAGGACUUCGAACUCGAAUCUAAACGAGCCAAGCGGGAGCUGAAGACCAAUGAAAGUAUACUAUCGGUCCCACCUAAGGAACAACUUCCGUCCUCCGACAGUUGAAAGUUUCUCGACGGAGCUCACGGUAGAAAUCGAAGACGCGCGAAGGCCGCUGCCGGCAUCCUCGACUUCCGAGUCAGAGAACUGUUCACGAGGAUAGAAGUAAAAGUAAGCCAAAGUCCGUCCCGACUAACGAGUCUCGCGAUAGACUGUUUCAAACCCGCGGUUAAGGUUCUCGGUCUCGACUCCACUUUGUGCAUUGUACAUAUACACGAGGUAUGUAUACAGAACCGGUGCGACUGGGCACCGAGGUUUAUUUUCUGUUCUUCGUGGUGGUCGACGAACCGGUCCAUCGGAAGCUCUUGGUUGCAUUGCGAGAACUCUACCGAGGAUUGCCCUCGUCUAUUCGAUCGGACUGAACGCGAGAGAUCGAUGAUUCGCCAGAUAAUUUUUCUAGCGUUUAGAAUCGACCAAUUAGAUGCUCAUUACGCGCGCUAAGUAGAGAUUUUAGUAGGACCUAUUUUCUGAGGAUUUACAGCUCCCAAGCGAUGGGCAGAGUAUCUCAGACUUGAGCAUAGAUGAGGGUAUUAAGAUGAUGCGAAAGUGGCUCUCAGAGAUCUCGCUUAUGACACUUUUGUUCAAGCUGCGUGUACCGAAUCGCUUCAAACUUUAUUACAUGAAUACGGAGGCUAUAAGGAAGGUUCCGACACACGUGAAAUCUCCAUUGUUUACAGAUUUGUUUACAGACAUUUUGAAAAUUUUUAUAGAAAUGAUAUUUCACGCGUGGAGGGACCUUCUUCGUGGAGUCAGGAUUCAUGUUGGAAAUUUUGUAACGAUUCGGUACAUGGUUUGCAGAAGUUUCAUGAACUAUUGACACCUCGGAUGUACUUUCACGUCCCCUUAAGGUGGGAUUACGCGGACCGAUUUGAUGUACAAUCGACAGGACUAGCUUCGCUGAUUCAAUGGAAGUUGUAGACGCGACUAUUGACUCUGCUUUCAUUUGAAGAAAGCCUAUACAAGGUCGAGGUUUUGUCAGUCGUGUGAUUUUCUGCAUCUGGUGCAACGAGGCGACCUUGAAGGAACGAUUUCGGCCCGUUGAGCCUCUCGUGGAUGGUUUCUUAAACGUGGGAACUUUGAAUACGCAUUAAGCGUCGCCGUCCAGCUAGGUAGGAAAGGCUCCUCGAUGAGCAACGAGAGGUUCCGUUUUCGUAUGUAAAUAUUUCUUAGCACGGUUCUUUCGCACUGACAAUGUAGUGCCUACGCAAUAAUCUUGCUCCAUCGUCGUCGCUAUCUUUCCCAUUGUUUCGGGAACCUCGUUACGUUCUCCAUCGCUACCACUCGUACUCUUGGGAAUUCGUUGCGGCGGUUUGAGAGCCUCGCACCGUUCGCUGCCUGAAAUGCAAUUAUUUCCCAUUCGACAGAACCUCGAGAAUUAUCGCGGUCGCCCCUGCCGACUGUUUAAUGACAAACUGGUGCAAGUGUUAAUUUUUAUCACGGUCAAUCUGCGUUAGUAAUUUAUUUUAUAUAUCAAUCGGUGUCCGGUGAUUUGCGUCGUCUGGACGGACUCUAUGGGAGAAAGUCGCGGAAGUCUUUCCGCGAAACUGAUCGUUUUUAUCCGUUUUGUCUUAUCGAGGGCUCGACCGGGCCCCUCUGUCGAAAAGAAGCUCUCUAUUUUACACGAGUAUUACGUAUCUCGCGAGCAAGGACGCUUUGUUCUUCCUCUUCUUUUCUGUAUUUUAUUCCCCCUUUAGGCUAACCCGUUGCGAUGACGCCUCGAGGCACGACACAACCCUGUGAUAGAGGUUGGACGGAAUUAAUUUCGACGUUCCGGCGGGUUGAUUCACGAAACGAAACGGAUCUGUGAUGAGGGUUGAAACUCUUGAGACGAAUUUUUACAACUAGGUCCUAAUUGCAAUUCAACCGGUUGAUUCUCGCCUGCAACUUCAUCGGAUUAGUUCUGUUGACAUAUUCGAAGCGUUUAUGAAUACUCGACUCAGUACACUACGUGAAUUAUGAUCUCCCUUCUUCGUAAUUUCUGGCCUUAUUUCCCCAUUUCCAGGACAACUUCGGCUCGUUCCGGAUUUCGAAAAAACGAUCGCCUUGCGAAAGAACCUCCGAGCUUGAGCAACUGUUCCCUCCGGUAACUCUUUCGACGAGCGGUAUUAUCGUGCGAAUAAUGUCAGACUGAUUUCUAUUGUCGAUUUCCGGCGGAAUUAGUUGGACUCGACUCGAGAACUCGAGCAGCUGCAACAGAGGGGAACCAGAUAACAUUAACGAACGAAUGGUGGGAAGUAAAUUCAAGCGUAUCGCGACGAAAGAUCAUGGGAAACGAUCGACUAGUUUCGAGAGUCCGGUAGCUCGCCAGAAUUAGUAUAACUAUUUAAAAGAAGUCAAUAUACACAAAGCUGAUGCAUAGGAGCUAAUCUACUCCUGUAGGCCAGGCAAUUUUUACCUAUUACAGGAUGCACCUUAUCGUGCCAUUCUGAUUAGUUAUCGCUCGACUGUUUCUCUCAAUUAACAGAUUAACAUUGGUUCUACAUAUCGCAAGCAAACACGAUAGUUGGCACUGUAAUAGUUGAAUAUUAUUUUUUAUUAUUCGACAUCCGUUACGUACUUUUUAUUAGGUAGUUUUAAAUAUUCAUACGAGCGGAGAAGCUUUAACGAAGCGUAAUUGAUAGUUCCAGAGACAACGUUGUCACACACCACUUCUUAGGAAUUAAACACUUCUUUCAGCUUUCUUCUUUUUUUUUUUUUUUUUAAAUCGUGUACAUUAAUUAAUCGAAGGUGCAGCGUCAAGGAGUACAGUUGCUAAUUUAUGAGCCAACCAUUCUUUCCCUUAACGUAGGAACUGCUCUAGUAUUAUUUUUCAGAAUUAAACGGCAUGAUUUAGAAAUUAACGACCACGUCUUAAAGUUAAAGAAAAAAAAAGAAAAAACUGCAAUUAAUCUGUCAUUUUUCUAGUCUUAUGGAUCGGAGAAUCAGCUCUUUUCGCCUAUGGAGAUAAACAGUAGUCAGUUGUAAUCAAUUACCCGCAUAAACUCAGAGCUAGUGAAAUAAAAUUCUGAUUGGUUACUACAUUCCAAAAGACAUUCACCCGGGAAGCUGAAGUACUCACUUGUCAGGUGUUAUCAUCCUAGGUACAUUAUCACCGAGCAACAAUUCAUUCAUCCGACUGGUACACCGCCACGUCCCUUUACAAGGUCGCUUUGUUGGAAAAGUCUAAUUCUAAAGCAGAGCAACCAUAGUCCGUGCCGUCAUCACCAUAACCACAUUGUAUUUCUUUACCACUAUAAAAAUAAUAUUGUUAUUACAGAAUUAUUAAUGUAACCACAGUAUAGCUAUUGCUGCCGCAAACAACACUCAUUGCCACACCUACUUCUCUGCUAAUGUCAUUACUACUGUCAUUGUUAUGACUUUGUAGGUUAAUACUUGAAUAGAGGACAAUUAAUAUAUUGUUAUAAAUUA